GAAACUCUAACCCUGAGCUCCACAUCUAGACGUUUUACACCGGCGGAAGUUAUUUCAGCGCUACUGAUUCUACGCAGAUAUUUCAUGCCACCAAAAUAUGUCUUACAUUUACACAUCACUUCCAUCUUUCUUAGUGUACUCCAAACCCACUCUAAGUUCUUCCUCUUCUUCAUCGCAGGACAAGCAUAAAUCAAGAAUCUAUUGCUCUCUAGGAGGUAAUAUUUUCCUGCAAUUUCACAAUCCUCUCAGCUCAUAAUCCACAUUGACACAAAAUGUCGCACAUUUAGUAAUCACCCUAAUAAGAGCCGGCCUCUCGUAGUGAGAGAGAUUAAAAGAAGGCCAAUAUAAAAGAAGUUAAACUGUUGAAUUACCCGUAAAAUGUCAUAUUGGCAAUUGUGAUGUUUGAUGAAAUUCCUCAUUAGAGGUGGGCUCUUUGGAUUAACUUACUGCGAAUGUGGCCAUCACAUUGGCAAAAUUUCAUGUUUAGCAUCCUGCCUGACUAUCAAUUUGGACAAAUUUCCAGACCAGAAAAUGUAGAAAAGAUGAACAAAUGAUAUGUAAGAACAGAAUGUGGACACUCAAUUGUUCGUUUCCAAUAAAGAUAUGCCAAAUAUGUUCUGGUAUUUUGGAAUUAAGGAUCUAGGUAUUGGUGUGGUUAUCCCUGUCUGGUUAAGAGGAAAAUGAUGGAGACUGGAGAGCGAAAAGUUUUGAACUAGUUCUACUUCUUCUCCCUCAUGGAGAGAGGUAGUAGAAGAGAAAUGCAUCUGUUCCCAGUUUGUAUCCAUUUCUUCAGAAACUUUCUAACACCUAUUUUCUUUUCUCCCUCUUUUGGACCCAUUACUCUCACCUCUCUUUCUUCCCCUAACCAAAGAAGGGGUUAGGUUUAAAUCUAAAAUGUGGAUGAGGAAUGGCCCAACACAACUUGUCCAUUAUGAAUCUUUUUUGUAUUUGGGUAUCAUUAGUUUAUGUAAAAAAAGACUUCUCACAAGGUUACUUUCCAAAAACAUCUGUGUGAUUGGUUUAAUAGUGUCUCAAAUUGCGUGUUUUACUCGGUAAUGGGUAUGUCUUUUUUCUAUGAAUUUCACAUAUGAUUCUCUCUGAAUGGUGCAAUCUUGUUGAUCUUCUUGCAUAUUCACAAUGAGCCCAAAGAGAAAUAGAUUUUUUUUCUUAUUCCUAGAGACUGUUGCUGAACCAAUAGUGAUCAGUGCUACUGAACCUCUUCUAAUCAAUGCGGUUCGUGGGAAAAAGGUGGAAAGACCUCCUGUUUGGCUUAUGAGAUAAGCUGGGAGGUAUAUGAAGGUAGGUUUAUACAUUUAUCCUCUUUGUAGCCUAUUAAUUUGAGUGCUUGCUUAUAUAUAUUUACUUAUUUAGAUUUUUGCAUCGGUCCAAAUUGAUGUUCGGAUGGAAAGGCUUGUUAUGGUUACUUAUUGAGAAUGUAUCAAACGACAGUAUAAAUUGGAUCCAGCCGAUUAUCUAGCCUUGGCUUAAGAUCUUAUAAAUUCAUGUCUCGUUAUUAUCCCAAUCUGAUACUUCUAAUGGUUUCUGACAUCUAGUAUUAUGCAUCUGUUUUCUUAGAUUAAUGUGUUUAUUGUACCUAAUUCUCUUCACUUCCAAAAUAGAGUUACCAAAUCCUUUCUGAGAAGUAUCCAUCGUUUCGUGAGAGAUCAGAAAAUGUGGAUCUCGUGGUGGAAAUUCUCUACAUCCAUGGAAAGUGUUUCAUCCAUGGGGUUAUUUUAUUUUCAGACAUUCUUACCCCUCUCUCUGGAAUGAACAUACCAUUUGACAUGUUAAAGGGGGAAGGUCCAGUCAUAUUUGAUGAUGUGCCAACUGCUACAGAUGUCGAGAAAGUCAGAGAAUUCAAUCCUGAAGAGUUUGUGCCAUAUGUUGGCAAAGCAUUAAAUAUCUUGUGGAAAGAGGUUCAUAAUGAAGCUGCGAUUUUAGGAUUCGUUGGGGCACCUUUUACUCUGGCAUCUUAUGUUGUUGAAGGUGGUUCAUCUAAAAACUUCACAAAAAUAAAGAGACUAGCUUUCUCACAGCCCAAGGUCCUUCACGCGCUUCUUCAAAAAUUUGCAACCUCUAUGGUCAAAUGCAUACGCUACCAAGCGGAUAAUGGAGCUCAAGCAGUUCAGACUCGUGGGCAACUGAGCUCAGCCCAGUGGACUUUGAAGAGUUUAGUCUUCCUUACCUGAAGCAGAUUGUGGACUCGGUUAAGGAAACUCAUCCUGACCUACCACUGAUCCUAUACGCGAGUGGGUCCGGGGGUUUAUUAGAGAGGCUGUCCUUGACGGGAGUAGACGUGGUCAGCUUGGAUUGGACAGUUGAUAUGGCCGAUGGUAGGAGACGGUUGGGUCCUGAUGUGGCAGUUCAGGGAAAUGUUGAUCCCGGGGUCUUGUUUGGUUCCAAGGAAUUUAUCACCAACCGCAUACAUGACACUGUUGAAAUUAAAGGCGGGUAGGGGGAAACAUAUUCUGAACCUCGGACAUGGGAUUAAGGUAGGUACACCCGAGGAAAAUGUUGCCCAAUUUUUUGAGGUUGCAAAAGGAGUUAGGUAUUAGAGGAGGCCAAAACCAGAAUGUUAAAGGAGAUCACUUCAAAUAGAUGUAAAUGAGUAAUAUAUGCAACAUAUUACUCCCUCCAUGAAUAUUUUUCUUUGUGUAGCAUUAAUAUAUUUUCCAGUGAUGUCUUUAUUUCUAAAAACAAGCAAUAAGAAUUAUAAGAACAAUAGCUAUUUGUAUUUUUUUUGCGUUUCUUUUAGGAUGUUUUUUC